AUGGAAGGUAAUAGAGCUGAAGGGAAAACUCAUCCAAAGGACGCGGCCGAUAAGGCAAGGUGCCAAAAGGUGAUCGAUGAGUACCUGGCGUUCCAGGCCACCCAGAAGGCAGAAGCCGUGAAACGCAAUCGUUCGCAGGACGAAAGCGACAAACCAACGAAGAAGCACAAAGUGUCAGUUCACACCGCUUCAAUACCAAAACCAACUAAACGCUUAUUUAAUGAGGUGGCACGGGAUCACCUGCAAAUAGCUUUGGUUGAUGAAAUAACUAACCGCGGUAAACCUGCAUCGGAUAAGUGGUCCGAAAUCGAGGCCCGGCUGUCCCGUAUUAUCGUCGAUCACGCCAUGGCAAACCCGGAGGGGCAUGUGCCAGGAUUUGAUUCAAUGGAGGUGGUCCGCGGAUACAGGGUGAUCAAGUGCGAGGAUCAACUCUCCCUUUACUUCCUGCAAGCAGUUGUGGGCAAGAUCCAGAGCGACUGGGAAGGUUUGAGGCUCAAACUAAUCCCGGCCAGUAAAAUCCCUCGACGGCCGAGGGCUCGCAUUUGGAUUCCGAACAUGGAAUUCGAAGCUAAGCAACUUAUUCCAUACCUGCAGGCACACAACCGCACUGUUCCGAUGGAUGACUGGAGCAUCAUCAAAGCGGAGGCUCCGCAAAAGAACAGUGUGUCCUUCCUUCUCCAAAUAUCGGAGGAGAGCUUCGAGCCACAGGAAAAGUGGACAAUAAACUUCGGUUCGGCGUCAGGAAAACGCAACUGA